UUCAUAUGAUGAGGCUUUUAUUAUGGCCAGUGACCCCUUGGAAGGCUUUCAUGAAGUGAACCUCGCUUCGCCUACCACCCCAGAUCUUCUUGGAGUAAAUGAGCCAGGGACUCAGGAACAAGCUACCUCACCCAGUGUAAUCUACCGACCACAUCCUUCAGUUGUGUCCUCCACACCAGUCCAGCCCAACACAUUAAAUGUUUCCGACCUUCCCACACAACCUGUUUAUUCAUCUCCCAGACAGCUGAAUUGCGGAGAAAUAUCGGGUGUCAGCAUCAAUGUUACCGACGCAGUACAUUGUUCUACCUCUGGACCCCAGAGUGGGUCAUUCAAUCACAAUAAUGCCAGGAAGGAGAGCAAUAACGUAGAGAGAGAGUUUUUGCAGGGUGCUACAGUAGCAGAUGUUGCUGAAGGAAAUGAAGAUAUUUUUGGGUUGAGUACAGACAGUUUAUCUCACUUACGGAGCCCAUCUGUACUGGAAGUAAGAGAAAAGGGCUAUGAACGAUUGAAAGAAGAACUUGCAAAAGCUCAGAGG